UGUCUUUGACCAACAGACUUUACCUCGCAGUUGUCCUACUCUGUUUAGUGAUGACUAGCGAAGCAAGAAUGAGAGAUCCAUUCGGCCCACAAGAGGUUAGCAAUGAUGUAGACUAUCUCUGGUUCGACCAGAAGGUUGACCAUUUCGACUUGCAGAACCAUGACACCUUCAAGCAGAGGUACUGGGUGAACGAUCAGUGGUGGAGUGCUGAGAAUGGAGGAGGACCUCUCUUCUUAUACCUUUGUGGAGAAUGGACCUGUAGCAACCAGCCAGAGACUGGGUACAUUGCUCAUUUAGCUAAGGAACAUGGAGCUAUGCUUGUUGUUCAUGAACAUAGAUACUAUGGAAUGAGUCAACCUGCUGAAGACUGGAGUACUGAAAACCUCAAGUUCCUUAACACUGACCAAGCUUUGGCAGAUAUUGCAUUGUUUGCUUCUACUUUUGCUGAGGAAUUAGCUGAAAAGCACAACAUUCCAGCCAAGAGAUGGCUACUUUUCGGAGGAAGCUACCCAGGAGCUCUCGUUUCUUGGUUCAGAAAUAAGUAUCCUCAUAUUGCUUUAGGAUCCUGGUCUUCAUCAGGAGUUGUCAAUGCUAUUGAAGACUUCUACCAAUUCGAUGAGGUUGUCCACUACGCUCUUGAUAAGAACGGGGAUCAAUGUGCCGAAGCCGUCGAAGAUUUAGUUCAAUACACUAAUGAUGAGUUUGAAGCUGGAAGAGGAGAUGCCAUUAAGGCUGUCUGGAAUGCUCCAGAUAUGAGAGACGACGAAUUCCACUGGUUCUACUCAGAUGUUAUUGCUGAGACUAUUCAAUAUGGAGGAAGAUCUGAGCUCUGCCAAAGAGUCCAUGACUUAAAUAAGGACUAUGAAGCUAUUAAUAAAAUGAUUUAUGAAUGGCAAGUUGGAGCAAGAAUGGGAAGAGAUGACUACUGGUCUGUUUCUCUUCAAGAAGAGAAAAUCGAUUUCUCUAAGAACGGGAGACAAUGGACUUACCAAUACUGUAAUCAAUUUGGAUACCUUCAGACCCCUGCUAAAAACACUGAACCUCUUAAGAAUAAGGGAUUAGAUAUGAACUUCUGGAUUGAUUACUGUUCAAGAAUCUUCGGAAGACCAACCUCUCCUAAAUCCACUCACUGGAACAUCAGAUAUGGAGGUGCUAACCCAGCUAUCAGCAAAGUUAUCUACAUGAACGGAGAUGAAGAUCCAUGGAAGCCAAGUAGUAUCUUGGAGACCAAAAAUCCAUUCAUCCAUACCUUCCCUAACCUGUGCGAUAACUGUGCUCAUUGCGUUGACUUGCAAAAGCCAGUCGACACUGAUGACAAGGAAAUCCUUAAGAACAGAAAGAAGGCUGAAAAGAUUGUCACCAGAUGGCUUAAGCUCGAAAAGAAGAUCGAAAGCAUGGAUGUCCCAAUCUCAGAUAGAGAAGCUAUGACCUUGAAGAACAUUAUGAAGUAA